AUGGCUCUCCACUCAUUCCCCGGGAGCACACCCUCUCAUGCACAGUCUUCACUACCGUCACUGCCCUCGCAUUUACAAUCUGAUACACAUCUAACGGCCCAUUUGGCGAGCAGAUUUCAUGUCUCCUUGCCCACAGCUCGUCUUUCAUCGCAGGCUUUGAUUUGUCUGAAUACCUAUACCUCCUCGACCAAAGGUCCCGAUGGCGGAAAAGAGGGUAGCGCCAUGGGCGAAGCUGAGGAUUUGGCCAAACGAGCUUUUACCCGGCUGGGAGCCCGUGGUGAAAACCAGGCGGUCGUAUUCUUGGGCGAAACUGGUUCCGGCAAAACUACAGUGCGAUCUCACGUCCUGUCAUCCCUUCUUUCGUUCUCUGCAACCCCUCUAUCAACCAAGUUGUCAUUAGCAGCCUUCGUUUUCGAUACCCUCACUACCACCAAAUCCGUGACCACGCCGACAGCGUCAAAAGCCGGAUUAUUCUUUGAACUCCAAUACGACUCGUCGUCGAACAACCCUUUACUGAUUGGAGGUAAAAUCCUCGAUCAUCGCUUGGAAAGGAACCGCAUCACCUCAGUUCCGACAGGUGAACGCAGCCUUCAUGUGUUAUAUUACCUACUAGCGGGCACAAGCGCGGCAGAAAAGGCUCACUUGGGGCUCGAGUCAUCUGGCUUACAUGCUGGCCCGGGUAGCAAUCAGAAGCGAUGGCGUUAUCUUGGUCAUCCGACUCAGCUAAAGGUCGGUGUCAAUGACGCCGAAGGCUUUCAGCAUUUCAAGACGGCUUUGCGGAAAUUGGAGUUUCCUCGCAGCGAAAUUGCAGAAAUUUGUCAGGUCCUAGCUACCAUUCUUCACAUUGGUCAACUUGAAUUCGUGACUGGUCAAAGCACUACAACUGGAGCUGAAGAAAGCGGUGGGUACUCUCAUGAAGGCGGCGAAAGUGUGACAAUGGUCAAGAAUAAGGAAGUUUUGGACUGUAUCGCCGCUUUCCUGGGACUCAGUACGGAAGACCUAGCUGUCAGCUUGCGUCACAAGACUAAAACUAUUCACCGCGAACGUGUAACGGUUAUGCUCGAUCCUCGUGGUGCUCGACAAAACGCAGAUGAGCUUGCUCGAACACUCUAUUCCCUUCUAGUCGCCUACGUGAUUGAGAGCAUUAACCAGAGAGUGUGUGCUGCCGAGGACAGCGUUGGCAAUACCAUAUCUGUUAUUGAUUUUCCUGGCUUUGCUCAGUCCGCCAACUCAUCGACCCUUGAUCAGCUUCUCAACAACGCAGCUGUAGAAUCGCUAUACAGCUUUGCUCUACAGAGCUUCUUUUCGAACAAGGCAGACCGCUUGGAAAGUGAGGAGGUUAGCGUUCCAGCAACAAGCUACUUCGACAAUUCAGAUGCCGUUCGAGGUCUUUUGAAGACCGGGAAUGGCUUACUCGCAAUCAUCGAUGACCAGACAAGGCGAGGGAAAACUGACAUGCAAAUGCUUGAAAGCCUCAAGAAAAGAUUCGAGAAUAAGAACCCCGCCAUCACGGUAGGAGACAGUGAGACCAAGCUUCCUGGAAGUAACUUCGUGACGCCCAGCACGCAGGCCACGUUCACCGUUAGACACUUCGCUGGUGAAAUCGAUUAUCCGGUUAAUGGCUUGAUUGAAGAGAACGGAGAGACCAUAUCGGGGGAUCUGAUAAACCUGAUUAGCUCCACACGCAGUGACUUCGUGCGAGAGCUUUUCGGACAGGAUGCCUUACAGAAAGUCACCCAUCCCAAGGAGCGAAGUGCUGUGGUUCAAGCUCAAGUCAGCUCCAAGCCCAUGCGGAUGCCCAGUAUGGCUCGUCGCAAAACCAGUCCGGCUUCCAAAUUGAAUCCGUUCAGUAAUCGAGCUGGCAGGGAUGACGAUGAUAGUGAUAGUAACAAUGGCAGCACCAAAACCGGUCACACGUCGCGUAAAAAGACCAACGGCACCGGCGCAGAUCAGGGGGCUGCUGGUCAAUUCUUGGCAUCACUGGAAGUGAUCAAACAGUGUCUAAACGCACCCAACCUGAAUCCCUAUUUCGUUUUCUGUCUCAAGCCCAACGACCGACGCAUCGCAAAUCAGUUCGACAGCAAAUGUGUGCGCAUGCAGGUGCAGACUUUCGGAAUUGCUGAGAUCAGCCAAAGACUGCGCAACGCGGACUUCAGCGUUUUUCUUCCCUUUGCCGAAUUUUUGGGCCUAGCUGAAGCUGAGAGCAUUGUGGUUGGCAGUGAUCGUGAGAAGGCUGAGCUUGUCCUCGACGAACGAAAAUGGCCUGGUAACGAAGCACGUGUCGGUAGCACGGGCGUUUUUCUUAGCGAACGAUGCUGGGCCGACAUUGCAAAACUCGGCGAACGAGUCCUUCCAACGUAUCAGGCUGAUUCACUCAACGAUGGAGAUGGAAUGCUUCAUCCUGGAUCCUAUAGUGACCACAGAGUCCGACUUCUCAGCUCUGGUGAAAACAGUCCGAGCGGUGCUUUUAUUUACGGAGACGAGUCUAAACAAGGUGGCUAUUUUGGCAGUCGCGAUAUCGAUGGUCGAUCAGAUGCUGGCGCUUCAGCCUUCAAUUCUGGCGAUAUGUUCAAAAAUUUGGAGACUCGAGAGCAGAUGGCGGAAAAAAGUAAAGAACGCAAAAUGGAAGAAGUGGACAUUCUACCAGUUUCUGGUAGUCGGAAGCGAUGGCUCUUUAUUGUGUACCUUCUCACCUUCUGGGUGCCUGAUUUCAUGAUCAGGUUUCUGGGAAGAAUGAAGCGAAAAGAUAUUCGAAUGGCGUGGCGCGAAAAGCUGGCUAUUAACCUGAUCAUCUGGCUAUCCUGCCUCAUUGCAGCUUUUAUUGUUGUCGCCUUCCCCCUUCUAAUCUGCCCUCGACAGAACGUAUAUUCGGCAGAAGAACUAUCAUCUCAUAACGGGAAAGACGGCGCAUCAUCGUAUGUCUCCAUCCGAGGCGUAGUGUUUGACCUCGACUCGUUCGUUCCCUCUCACUAUCCGAAAAACCUGAUCCCUUCAUCCGCGUUCGAUAACUAUGCUGGCGUCGAUGCCACAGCUCUUUUCCCAGUCCAAGUGUCCGCUCUCUGUCAGGGCGUUAAUGGUUCCGUUGACCCAAGUGUACUCCUUGAUUUUACUCCCGUCAACAUCACUGGCUCCGCCACCACAAUAAGCUCCGCAGACGCAAACUCCAAGUAUCAUGAUUUCCGCUACUUUACCAACGAUUAUCGUGCGGAUUGGUUCGCCGAACAGAUGAUGAUGCUCAAGGGCUCUUAUAAGAAAGGCUAUAUUGGAUACAGCUCACAGUACUUACAGACCCUGGCAAACACAAACGGCCGUUCUGUAGCCAGUCUUAACGGUAAAGUUUAUGAUUUCACCGACUACGUUGCUGGAGGUCGCCGAACUCUUGGUCCAAACAACACUACUGGGCCAGCCGGUGUGAGCGUCGAUUUCAUGGAUCCUGUUGUGGUCAAUUUGUUCUCAGAAAGGUCUGGACAAGACGUUACCCAACGCUUCAACCAGCUCGACAUGGACCCUGAAUUACGACAACGUAUGCAGUUGUGUAUGGACAACCUAUUUUUCGUCGGCAAAGUGGACACUCGAAACUCUGUGCAAUGCAAAUUCUCUGAGUAUUUCAUCCUUGCCAUCACAGCCCUGUUGGCUUCGGUCAUCAUUGCCAGGUUCUUGGCUGCCCUUCAGUUCGGUAAGAAGAACAUGCCAGAGAAUUUAGAUAAGUUCAUCAUCUGCCAGGUUCCCGUCUAUACGGAAGAUGAGGAUUCCCUCCGCCGUGCUAUCGACUCAAUGGCUCGCAUGAAGUACGAUGACAAGCGUAAAUUGCUCGUUGUCAUUUGUGAUGGAAUGAUCAUCGGUCAGGGCAAUGACCGCCCUACCCCAAGAAUAGUUCUGGACAUUCUCGGUGUCCCUGACACUGUUGACCCUGAACCUUUGAGUUUCGAAAGUUUAGGCGAGGGCAUGAGACAACAUAACAUGGGCAAGAUCUAUUCCGGUCUUUACGAAGUUCAGGGUCACAUUGUGCCUUUCAUGGUUGUUGUCAAAGUUGGAAAACCGUCUGAAGUAUCUCGACCAGGUAACCGUGGCAAACGAGACUCGCAGAUGAUCCUCAUGCGCUUCAUGAACCGCAUCCACUACAAUCUUCCUAUGAGCCCGAUGGAACUAGAGAUGUACCACCAGAUUCGCAAUAUUAUUGGCGUCAACCCUACAUUUUAUGAAUUCAUCUUGCAAGUCGACGCCGAUACAGUCGUUGCUCCGGAUUCUGCCACACGAAUGGUAUCAUCGUUCCUUGCGGAUACUCGUAUCAUUGGACUUUGUGGAGAGACCGCCUUGAGCAACUCGCGAAAGUCUAUAAUUACAAUGAUUCAAGUCUAUGAAUACUACAUCUCUCACAACCUGACAAAAGCAUUUGAGAAUACUGGUAAGCCACUGUUUGUGAGCAAGGAAGUAGUGGAGGCAUACGCGGAAAUUCGAGUCGAUACACUCCAUAUGAAGAAUUUGCUUCAUCUUGGUGAAGAUCGUUACCUCACUACGCUUCUUAUCAAGCAUCAUCCGAAUUACAAGACAAAAUACAGCUUCCGUGCUCACGCAUGGACUAUUGCACCCGAGAAUUGGAGUGUUUUCCUUUCUCAGCGUCGAAGAUGGAUUAAUUCUACCGUGCAUAACUUGGUUGAGCUGGUUCCCAUGCAGCAGCUUUGCGGUUUUUGUUGCUUCAGUAUGCGCUUCGUGGUCCUUAUUGAUUUGAUGAGUACGGUCAUCCAACCAGUGACUGUAGCGUACAUCGUUUACCUUAUUGUAUGGCUUAUCCUCGAUACAUCCCAGAUUCCUAUCACGGCUUUCAUUCUGCUUGGAGCUAUUUACGGUUUGCAAGCGAUAAUCUUUAUUCUUCGACGCAAGUGGGAAAUGGUCGGUUGGAUGAUCAUCUAUAUUCUUGCGACCCCCAUCUUCUCGCUCGGUCUGCCUUUAUACUCCUUCUGGCACAUGGAUGACUUUUCCUGGGGUAACACUCGUGUGGUCACUGGUGAAAAGGGCAAAAAGAUUGUCAUUUCCGACGAGGGCAAAUUCGAUCCUGCUUCAAUUCCGAAGAAGAGAUGGGAAGAAUACCAAGUGGAGUUGUGGGAAGCACAAUCUCGAGUUGAUGACGCUCGCUCAGAGGUAUCUGGGUACUCGUAUGCCACCAAGUCAUACCAUCCAGCAGCAACUGAGUACGGAUACCCGGCAUCUCGACCAAUGUCGCAGCUUGAUUUGACAUCCCGGCUUGGCUCCCGCAUGUCACUAGCUCCAUCUGAGAUGUUGGGUGGUGCUGCCAACUACGAAUUGACCGAUCUCACUGGCCUGCCUUCUGACGAUGCUAUUCUCGCCGAAAUCCGAGAGAUCUUGCGCACAGCUGAUUUGAUGACGAUUACGAAGAAGGCUGUCAAGUUAGAACUUGAGAAGCGCUUUGGUGUCAAUCUGGAUGCCAAGCGUCCAUACAUCAAUUCUGCCACCGAAGCAGUCCUCUCUGGUCAACUAUAA